GUUAUUCUUGAUAACAGUAUAACGACGGAACGUUUCAAGCUAUCUGUUCCAUUCUAUUCUAGCUCCGUCGCAGGAAAACACUUAGCGCCUACGGCGUUCGGACCUUGCUGAAUCUCGACUGUGUACCUGAUUUCAUCACAAGAUCACACAUCGCACUCCCUGGAUGAGUGUAUUAUAAUAAAACCCCGGAAGGCAUCACUUACGUUGCUAGCCCACAUAUAUACUCAUCCUGGAGGCCGCCACCGGUGAUUUUCUCCAUGCCAUCUUCCAGUCGCAGCAGCAUCCCACACCCUCGUCGCCGUCCCCCUUCACCUGUCUCUAUGUACGCACUACCUGAUUUUGGCGCGCCAAAACCACCGAAACCUCUGGUCAAGAUAGAGAAGAAGGCGAAGAAAUCGAAAUUAUCUUCUGUUCUCUCUUCAUCCGAUCCAUCUUCCCAGACUUCUUUUCCAACACUUUCCCCAACGUCGAGCCUUGGCUCAUCUCUCCGCACAACUCGCACCUCACGUUCUUCCUUCUCCCUUUCUCCUCUGUUGAGGCGCAUCGGUAUUGGCCGUAAGAAAUCCGUGUCAACGGUGCCGCCGCCUCCAGUACCAGAUAAUGUUCUCCCGGUCCCUCAGCAUCAGCGUCGUGAGGAAAGUCGGCCCACAUAUACGCCGGAAGGGAGAACAAAGUCGUAUGGUGCCACUGAAAUAUCCCCCGCUUCAUCGACGUUUCCCUAUGGCGCUACUCUUCUGCACCCGAAGACUUUGAAUCCCCCCAAGACACCCAGAAGGCCCAAAACUGCGCCGUCCGGCUAUGUUCCACGUAAUUUCGCGCCGGAACCAUGGUCAUCCCAAACCCCGCCGUCCGAUAAAUUCCUCCAUCCCACGCGAUAUCAGAUGAACCAAUCGCAGUUAUCCUUUAAUGACCGGUCCAUCGCGACUCGAUCCCGUACAUCUUCAGAAUCAUCCUGCUAUUCUCAGGAAAGUGCUCUAUCCGACAGACACCUCCGCACUUACAAUUCCUCCAUCUUACGCCCUGAUGCUAUUCAAUCUUCGUCUCGCCUGCAUCCUCCAUCAUUGGCGCCAGGAAGACUCCGCACUCUUUCCGAAAUCUCAUCGAAGACUCAUAUACCUGAGUCCAAGCCUCCUCUAAUGGAAUUCAGUUUGAAGUCACCGAAAUCAGCGCCCAUCAAGAAACAGACAAGUCUUGAUAAAAUCAACCCUUCUCAGGCGGUUACAACACCUCCAAAACUCAAGCGUCCCAGGACAGCACCGCAUGCAUUUGUUUCAAGGGAUCCAGCCUUGUUCAUUGCGCCACGUCCUGAUACGCCAUUCCUCCAUUACCUGGAAGGCUCUCGGGGUUACGUUGAGGUUUCAGGCUGGAGAGAACGUAAACAGGGCUGGAGUGGCGAGUGGAACAGAGAUAAUUUGCAGGAAGUCAUAGGUGUAUUGCGAAAUUUACGGUGAAACCUCUGGAAGGGAACAUCGGGAGGGCUUAGGUCUCAUUUGACAUAUCGCGCAUUCAUUCAUUCAUUCACGCUGUUGUUGUAACAUCAUCG